AUGGAUCCUUUUAAUAGAGCAAAAACUUCUCAGCCUAAACAUUUGUCUGAUUCUGACUCAUUCUCAGAUCUCGAAAACAUAUUAGCAGAGGAGGAAAUGAAAGCUAAGGAACCAGCAAAAAAUGCAGAAGCAUCUAAAAAUGAGCACAAGCAUCAGAAGUAUGAGCAAAGAGCAGGAACUGCGCCCGAGAAAAAAGGGAAAACUUUACUAAAAGGGAGAAGCUCUCUCGAAUCUGCACCAGAAGACGGCGAUUAUCCAGUAAAAGAAAUAAGAAGAAGCAUCAUUAGCGAAGAUGACCGAGGAUCCAUCAUUUUUAUGAGUGCAGACGUAACCCAGGAUAAAAUCAAAGUAAACGCUGACCCUCUAAAAGACCUGGAAGAACGAAUAGCCAAACUUGACCAAGAAAUCAAAGACGAAGUCGAAGAAGACAGGAAAAGAUUAAUCAAAUACAACCAAGAUGAAAUCGAGCGCAAAAAGCUAGAAUUCGCCACAAGCUUAGAGCUGAAGAAGAAAAUGUAUGAAGAGCAGCUUAAAGAGCUGGAGAACUCUAAACGGUAUUAUGAAAAACUAGAAAUGCUUGCUGAUUCCAUCAAUUUUAACUCAAAUUUGAUCAACUCAGUCUCCUUGAAACUGCAGGAUAAAAAAGAAGACCACGAAAGAGAAAAAUCGCAUAGGCUGGUUGAGCUUGAAAAUACAAUUAAACAGAGAGAAGAAAACAUCAUUAGCCAAGAAAGAGAUGUAGAAUCAAUCAAACAAAGCUUACAAGAAGAAAUCAAAUUUUUCGAAAAAUCUGAAGAAGAGAAAAGGAAAAUGUUUGAUGAAGAACAAGCUCAGAUUAAGAAAGAAAGAGAACAUUUAUUUGAGUUUUACAAAAUGCUUAUGGAGCAAGAAAAAUCAAAAAAACAAGAAAUUGAGGUAGAGAGAAUAAAGCUAAAAGCUUUAAGUGAAGGCUUCAGCAAGCAACAAGGGAAGCUAUCAAUCGAGCUAACAAGCAAGUUAGAAGACUUGAAAACAAGAGAAGACAUCCUAGAAAAAAAUCAUGAAGAAACUCUUAAAACCAUUGAAAAAGAAAGAAAAUUGUUAAGUGAGAAAAAGCUAAAACUUGAAGAAAACCGAUCCCAGAUCAGCUCUAUCGAAUCUGAAUAUCAGAGAAAGCUUUCAUCAGUCGAGCAAAGAGAACGCGAAAUCCAAGAAGAAAUAAACAAGGUUUUUAAACAAAAGCAAAUGCUUGAGAUUGAGCAAAGCGAGUUUGAAAAUGAAGUGUACAGAAUCCAUCAAUUAUCUCUUGAAUUACACAACCAAAGUGAAGUAAUUGCUAGUGCCAAAAUUGAGCUUGAAAGAGAAAAACAAGAACUUGCAAAAAUCCAAAUGGAAGUUGAAAAUCUACAAUCACAAGCCAAAAACGAUUUUUCAGCAUCUAAAGAGUUGAAUAGAGAAAUCCAGCUUCAAAUGAAAACUUAUGAACGAAUGAGAUGCAGCCUUGUUCAAGAAAUGCAUUCUACCACAAUCUCACAGUCAUUUUUGGAUAUUUCCAAUAUUCAGCCUAUAGAUGUUUAUUUUGAGCCAAAAAGAGCUUCUAGAAUAGAACCAAAAAGAAGCUUCAAUUCUUCAUCAUACAUAAAAGAUCUUGCUGCAUAUGAUGAAGAAAGAAUAAACACCCACGAAUACAUCAAUUCUCAGCAAAGUUCUUUAGCAGCAAGUCGAAAAGAAUUUGAAGGAUUCAGGACUGAGCUUUCAUUUAACGAAAAAUAA